AUGAGCGGUUUUGAUUGUUCAUUACUUGAAGAGCAGCAUUUUCAAACAUCAGAUUCACUCAAAGAUGGCGCUAUUUCAUGUUCAGAUUGGUCUCGUUUUGCUAUAGCAUCAUCAACUGGUUUUACAUUAUUAACAUUUAGUGGACAUUCAUCACGUAAAGUACAAUUAUUUACUGUUUCAUGGUUUCAACUUGAUCAACAUCUUGAACAAGAUGAUUUACGAUAUUAUACAUAUACACCAUUAGCUCUUUUUUGUCCAGAUUCUUUACGACCUGAUGGUGCUCGUUUAUUAGCUGUUGCUUCAUCAACAGGACAACUUGUUAUAUGUGAUGCUAAUCAAGAAUCACCUGUAGUUUUAUUUAAUGUUUCAAAACGAUGGCGAUCACAAUUAGAUGAACGAAAUGGUACUAAUUCAACAACAUCACGAAAAACAGCAACUACUAAUGGAACAACAACAACAACAACAACAACAACAACUGGAGGAUUAUCACGUGAUGAAGAAGCAUUAUUAGUACCAACAUGUUUAGGUUGGUCAAAUGUUCUUCGUCGUGAUUCACCAUCACGUUUUGUAUUACUUUUUUGUGGUCUUGAAUCAGGACAUGUUGCUAUAUGGCAAUUAUCUGAACAACAACCAACAAAUAAUCUUACAUUAACAUAUGCUGCUUUACUUGAACCAAAUGCAACUGAACCAUCUAUAACAUCAUCAACAACUGGUAUGAAAAAAUCUACUCUUUCAUCUACAAUAUCAAAUGGUUUAUAUAAUUCUAAAUUAGAAACAUCAUAUCGUCCACCACAUAAUUCAAUAUCAGCUAUGGCAUGGUUAUCAUUAUCUGAUACAGCUGGUAUAUUAGCACUUGGUUCAUCACAUGGACAUGUAUCACUUAUAUCAAUAUCAUUAACUGGUAAUGAAUUAACACCAUUACUUGCAUAUACUAAACAAGAAUCACCACAUCUUGUUUCAAAUGGUGCACGUAUACAUCAUAUUGCAUUAUAUCAACAAUAUAAUGAACAUCGUUUAUUUUUUGCACAAAUGGAUUCAAUUGUUAUAGCAACAUUAAAUAUAACAUCAACAGGUUAUAAUACAUCAUGUUCACAAUUUACAAUAAAAACAGUUAAUGAAUAUGCAUUAAAUUCAAGUGUAUUAACACAUUUUUUAUCUGAUACACAAGAUUUAUAUUUAAUAUGUCGAGAUGGUUUUAUACAUCGACAAGUAACACAAACAUUUAAUGAUCCACAUCUACAUCAUCAUCAUCCAACACAACAUACAACAAGAUUUGAACAAUUUUGUCAAUUAUUACCAGCAGGUAGUGAAUGUCAAGCAGCUGGUAUAACUCCAACACAUUGUACUGUAUUAACAAUGAAACGUAGUGAAGCUAUAUUAACAUUAUCAAUAUAUUCAUUAAAAGAUGUACCAUCAACAAUAACAUUUUUUCUUUCAAAUCCAUUACCAUCAUUUCGUUUAAAUGAUGUACUUGCUGCAUUACGUGUAUUACUUUAUUCAGAUAAAUCAAAUGCAUUAACUGAUUUAAUUAUGUCUGUUGCUGAUUGUGCUGAUCAAGCAAGUGUUAGUCUAUUAAAAAAAGUUCAUUCAUUAUGUCGUUUAUUAUUAUCAUAUCAUAAUAGUGGUCUUGGUAAUGGUUUACGACAAGCACCAUAUAUGUUAUUUUUAGCUGAUGUUUUUGCACAAAUGAUAUCAAUUGAUUUAAUUAAAAAAUUAUAUGAUUAUGUACAAACUGAUCAACAAAUACAAUUAACAUCAAUUGAAAAAUCUAUAUUAUAUUGGUGUGAACAAUUAUUACAAUAUUCAACACAACAAUUACAAGCAUCAGCUAAUGUAACUAAUUCAAAUAUAAAUACAAAUAUAAAUUUAACAGCACAAUUUAGUUCAUUACUUGCUAUGGCUAAUCCAAAUAUGACAACAACACCAAUAACAAUAUCAAAUGGACCAAUAACACAAACACAAAUAAAUAGUCAAUAUUUAUCAACAUGUGAUCAAAAAUAUUUACAUUGUCAAUUAUGUGGACAAACAUUACAUAUACGAACAUUUUUUGAUAUAACAUGUUCAAAUGGACAUGAUUUUCAACGUUGUAAUAAAACAUUUCUACCUAUAUUUAUACAAGAUCGUGCUAAACGUUGUUCAUUAUGUAAUUUUUAUAUAAAUGAUACAACUAUUGAUGAAUCAAUACAAUUACCAACAUUAAUUAAAAUACUCGGAGGAUUUACUUGCACAUUUUGUGGUUGA